AUGUACGACGGCUCUCAAGCCAUGGGCAGCCAACCAGAUUCGACUCUGGAAGAGUCGGCCGCGGCACCUGCCCCAAUUGUUGCUCAAAGCUCUGAGCCAAAGUCUUCGGAAAACAAGCUUAAUAUUGCUUCCCAACUCAAAGCUGCUGCAAGCACCGUCGUCACCAAGAUGAAGCCUGGAGGUAGUGAGAAGCAAUCUCAAUCCGUACAACCGCAGGAUCAUGUGUCGGACUCCGUGGAACCGAACACUACUGGCAUCGAGGGCAUGAUACAUAGUCUAGGCUCGCGGGAAGACGGUCCUCGUCGUGUAGCAACAGACGAGGAGAGUGCAGUGCCAGGCGGGCAUGAAAGCACCGUACAGCAAGCCGUCGUGACACCCACACAGCACACUCCGAGGCGACCUCAACCCUCAGUACGCGAAACUACUCGUGACGGUGUACCCAUCAGGAUGCGACAGAGAUCGGGCGUUUGGGUUGAGAAUGUCGAAGGAGCUGACCUGUCAUCAACACAAGAUCAGCAACAGAACAUGCCGGAGGGUCAGCCUAUUGCCGAGCGCGAGGCUGAGGAUGUUCCUGAAAUACAGAUUCCAGAAGAUCCAUGGAACAACCUGCCCCCCUAUAUUUGGCUCGAGAAUGACAACCCAGGCAAGACGAGCAGUAACGCACCUCGGCCCGCUACAGCCCAACGGCGCCAACAAGAAACUGAGUAUUGGGCCCGCGAACAAGUACGUUUUCAGAACACUGGGCGCCCGAGGAGAGGCCAUACUCGCUCGAAAUCCGGCUCUGACACUCGCUCUGCUCAACGGCAAUCGCCUUCAUCAAGCACUCAGACGCGCCCUCUCACACCACAUGGCAGAGGCAACAACUUUGACCUUGGGCCAGGAAUCGCGCCGUACUACUAUGAGAAAGGCAAACUUCUCCAGAACAAGAACCAUCCAGCCGCGAGACAUCAUAGCGACGACUUAACCGACAAGCCUAGCUCGAGAUCCUCCUCCGACAAGCCUUCCAGAUCAGAUUCGUCGCCAAACACAUCCCUUACAACGUACCGAUCAAGACCCUCUCCAUCGUCGAAGCCUGUGGAGAUUAAGGGCGACCCAGACACUUUUCCUCCGCACAUACAAGCCAAGAUCGCGGAAUCUGCAGCAGCCGUCGAGCAACUAGUAUAUGGUCUGCCUCGAAAGGAGAGGAUCAGUGCACGAAGGUUUCAAAUUGAAGGUCUUGACACGUCUCGGUAG